AACAUCCAGCGUAGGUAGACAGAUCACCGGACAACACUGCUGUGGCUGCUGCUACAAGUCAGAGCAGAGGGAAACCGGGUGAGAAACAGAGAGGGAGAUUCAGACGUACGAGGAGAGAAAAGGAGUAUAGCGGGUGAGCGUGGUAACUUGUUUGGGCAACAGGAGCCUGUGACAGCCAGGAAGAGAAAAGCAGAACGGGAGGAGAUGCUGUGAGGAAGAGUGCCAAGUGAUGGAGGGGGAAGAAGCCAGCAGGCGAGCACAAUUAGUCAGAAUGGAUGACCAGGACAGAGUAAGCCAAGCGUCCAGCGUUGCCACGGUUUCCUUCUUCCCUAUUGCGAAGGAAUGUGAUGGGAAGGUGCAAGCAUUUGGGAAAAGAUGUCAAGCUGCGAAGAGAGACCCCAACUGUCCUGUGGUCAUCAGAGGGUGGCUCAACAAAAAGGACAGCUCGGGUUUGAAGCUAUGGAAGAGAAGGUGGUUCGUCCUCUCCAACUACUGUCUGUUUUACUAUAAAGACAGUAGAGAAGAAUCUGUGCUCGGCAGCAUCCCGCUCCCCAGCUACAAAAUCCUGUUCUGUACACCACGAGAAUGCAAGAACAGAAAGUUCACCUUCAAGGUGGUGCACCAGGGAAUGCGCUCUUAUUUCUUCAGUGCCGACACGCAGGAGGACAUGUUGGGUUGGGUCCGAGCCCUCAGUCAGUCUGCAACAAUGGAUCAGGACAGCUCUCUGAACAGGCGCUGCUCAAGUUAUCAGGACUUCACACAGAUAGGUGGCAGCACUGAAUCAGUGGACUUCCCUAAACCCCCCUCUGAUGGAGAGGGUCCCUCCCAGAGACACAGGCACGUCAGCCGCGCUCUGAGCGAACCCAGUCAUCUCAGCGGUGGGAGGAUGGGGACUUCUCGCUCAGAGCCGAGGGGAAGGCGGAGCGUGCGUCAGAGAAACAGCAGAACACCCAGCCCGCCUGAGUUUGGCAGAAGAAGAGCGUAUGGUCCAAACCAAGAGGAGGAUUCUCUUCCUGGCCACAACACACCACCCACUCAGACAGAAAUUAUGGGAACAGGUUCUCUGACCUCCAAGGGUCAGCUGGGGUCACGACCUCACACACCAGUGGGGAGGGUUGACAUUCGACCUCACGAUGACAUGGUGCCGCAGACUCUGUUCUACGCGCCUGCCUCGCCUAACCUGGAGUUCAAAUCCACACCUACCACUCCAGUCACAGAGAGGUGGCAGAACCUGAGCAAGCCCACACCUACAUAUGGUUCUGUCCAUCACAUCGCGAGCGGGAGAAGACCUUUAGGAAAGAGCUACUCCACGGGGGCACAUGCAGACUUACUGCCCCUUUGCCCCCUCAUCAAGGGCAGCACAUGCUCCCCACCCCCCACACCACCACCACCACCACCAUCAUCACCAUCUCCGCAGCAAUUUAUCUGUUUGUGUGCUACCGCCAGCUAUG